UAGCGCUCUGUCAAUGAGGAAUACACAACUGUCUAUCAUGUGACGCCAUAAAGGCCGGUUGCGACCGUUCCUUGAUUCCGAUUGGAUUACAUUUGACGUUGGAUUGUCAUUGGCGUGCUGAAACGUCCGUCAGAUCUAGCCCCGCCUUCAAGCGGGCCCGGCGCCGGUUGGUGGGUCCUCCUCCCCGCGGAGAGCGGCCGGCGGCUCGGCUCCCCCUCACCGGUUUACUUCCACCUUCGGGCAGCGUCCGAUUUCAGUCGACCGUCCACGCCACCCGCCCUUUGCCACCCACUCCUCGGGGUUGUGCUGGUGCGUUGGGCGUCCCAGCCGGUUUCCAUGGCAACCGGCGGCGGCGGCUGGGCGGAGGUGGCGCAGGGUUGCGGAAGGCCACGGCUCCUGGGCCCCGUCGCCUCUGCCCGGGUUACUGCCCGGCAUGGGGGCUGCGCAGCACUAUGGACCCGGCGGCCGGAGGUCGGGCUUGCCUGCUCCAGUUUUGGACAUAAAUGGGCCCCCAGUCUGUCUUCAAGGUCCUGCCAUGGAGCAAAAAGUGGUAAACUGAGAUCUUCAAGUCUGACCACCAUUGAGAGCUUACCAUGGGAAGUUCUACUGCAGAUCUUUACAUACCUAGAUGUUUCUUCCUUGUUGUGUGCAGGCUGUGUCAACAAAUCUUUCUACCAUGUGUCAAAUGACAAUUUAAUUUGGCACAGAAUCUACCGCAGCUGUUUUGUUUCCAAAAGCAAGGCUUGGAAACCCAAGGCUGUAGAUACAGCCACAGAGAAGCUGAGUAGAAUUUCUAUACAGGACAGUCCUCCAGGAUUUUGGAAGAAAGAAUAUAUACGCAAAUAUGCAGGUUCUGGCACAAGAGGAGUGGGGCUGUUGUUGAAAUCCAUUAACCAUUACACAGGAUUGCCAUCAAAAUUCAGAGAAGCAGUAAAAGCUCUUGGAAUUACCUGGAUGAUUGUUCUUCGUGAAAGAACGGGGAAAGAACAUGUCCAGGAACAGAGUAAGGCCUGCUUCAGUGACACAUCUGCUACUUUGUGUUGGAACGAUGCAGUAUGGCCUCCUCGGUCUAGCCUCAAGGCACUCUGUGUGUAUGGAGUCACACCAUUAUUUCCCCCAAGUAAAACCCCCACAAAGCAUGGACCUCACCGGCGAUCCCUACUUGCAGAAUAUGACUUAACAACUCUGGAAGAGUCCAGUACGUUUAUUGGUGGUGACAAACUUAUUAAGUUGAGAUGCUUAUACCCUGGCCUGUUGUUGGGAUGCUGGCAAGAAGAUGGGGAAUUGGCUGUUAUUGUUGCAAAUCUUCAUUUCCAUCAACUCAUUGAGAAGAGCAUGUUGGGAUCAGUUACCUGCCCAUAUAGGCCACCACCUCAUGAGCCAGUGCCGGAUGAUAUUGUCUCAGAAUAUGGGCUACUUGGCUAUCAUUGCCAUAUUGCGUUGCAUAAUGGGAAAAGUUCCUACAUGUCUGGUAGCUUUCAUAACCUGUUCUGUAGAAAAGAAUAUAUCCAGAAUGGCUUCUUGCAAAUAAUGGUCAUAAGUUUAGAGAAUGAAUCCCAGCACAGCACCAUCAGUGGAGGUAUCUACAUUCCUUGGAAUACAGAGUUCCUCAAAGGAAAAAUACAGCAUUGUUGCCUGAUGGAUGUGACUGUUUUGGAUGAAGCAGAAAAGCCAUUCUGGUGUGUAAGCUCACCUGUGGCUUUGCAGUCCAUUUCUACACCUGAUACAAGAUAUAACUAUCUGGGCAAGAGGCAGACAAUUGACUACAAGGAUCCUGAAGGAAAAGUUCAUGUGGAACUAACGUGGUUGGAAGAACAACAACAAUAUUACAUAGUCAAUUUUGUCCUUUACCUCAGUGUUAGAAAAGUAAAUGCCUGGUUUGCAACAGAUUAUUAAUUCUCUACAUUAAUAUCUAUAUCGUAACCUUCAGAAAACAUUUGUUCCCUGUACACAAACAAGGAGCAACAUGUGUGAAUCAUAAUGCUGUAUUACUUGAGGGCUUCCAAUAAUAAACAUUGUUUUGAAAAUCUUGUUUGAUUAUGACCCUAGUUAUUGGAUUUUAGCCUCAGAUACCCUCCUUCCUGAUGGGUUACUUUACUUUAAAAACAUUUUACUUGAGGCUUACUGAGAUUGAUUAGUUGCUUAUUUACACUUGGUAAUACUUUUUCCACUGUAGGGAAUGAUUGUCUGCCUUAACUUCAUUCUCUUAACAAAGUUAUAACCCCAUUUGAAAGGACCCUGGUUCUCUUUCAGGGUUGAGCUGCUGCAUUUCCUUGCAUCUGUGCUAGUGUCAGGAAAGAAGGACAGCUUGCUUUGCUUUUCCAAAAUUAGGGUGAUGCUGGUGAUCUUGCUUCAAUGCAUCACUUGCACAGAAGAAGUCUUGCUACAUCAGCCUGUUUUCAACAAAAGAUUAAUGUUAUGAAGCGAUGAAAGUAUAUUUGAAUAUAUUUCCUCUUGUCAUUGUGCAGACUGGCACAUUAGAAAUGACCUUGUGCAAUGACACUUUUGUUAAAUGGCAUGACACUUAGCGUCAUUAAUGAGGUAAAUGGGUUAAUUUGUGAUGCUGAUGAAAUGUUCCAGUAGCUCAAUUGAAAAUGUUUUGAAUGGUGCUCUUGUUUUCUAAAUUUUGAAACAAGUGUGUGUGUAUGAGAACAAAAGUUUAAAUAUUAAAUCAUCCUAAUUUCAGAGUCUGCUAAACUGGACCUUGUUUUAUUUUUAAUACCCAGGAUAUAGGAUGUCUCUACUGGGUACCACUGAGCGUAAUAAUUAAAGUCUAGAAGUUGCCUUAGUGCCUCAGGGCUACCAUAAAGCUACCUGAGCCAUAUUCCAAGGUUUACAAAUUAUUUGAAUAUCUGCAUGAAGGUGUGAUUUGCAUGUUGGAUUUUUGUUCUAUCGUAUAAAUCGAGAAAAGAAGUUCCAUUAUGCAUGAAAAGCUGCUGCAGUGUAAUUGUGUCAUUCAUUCUUUUGUCUGUAUACAAAAAGUUGCUGUAACCUUGCCAUUUUCUAACUCAGCUGUUUUCUGUGAAACUCUGGUUACAUCAAGCAACUCAUAUUAUAAGGAUAUAGAAAAUCCACAGAUUGUAUUGAUAUGUGGGAAAGAACUUUGAAUAAAAGACACUUCAAAGAUUUUUUAAAAAAAUAUAUUUUUAUCAUUCUUUGUAUAUAUAUUCCUUUGUAGUGCAGCUACAGCCAUGCAAAAUUGUUGAUCUGCUGAGCAGGAAACUCAGCCACUGACAUGGGUGAUUUCCUCCUCCUCCCUGCAACUAACCAACCAACCCUUGGGGAAACAAAAUGCUUUCUUGUAGGGACUGAAACUGCUGGAAAGAGGGGGGAAAACUGCUUGAGUUGCAGCUUGGAUCCUACUACUAGUUGGUACACCUGGUCUUUUGAAUAUUGUUGAUUCUCCUGUUUGGGAUUGUUGGACUGCAUAUUUCUUGUAAAUCCCAUUGUGUCAAACUGGCUGUGGGGGAAAUAGGGGCUUUGUCUUGAAAGACCCAUAGAAUCUUGACAAAAAUAUAUCUUCAUGAUGUAUUUCAAAGCCCAUCUGCUAAAUUAAUGUUCAGUUCUGUGUAUUUAGUUCACAACAGUCAAAUUGAACCUAGGUGUAUAAAAUAACAUAGUUCGCAACAUAAAUUGUUAUGUUUGUACUUUGCUUUCGUCUUGAGGCAAUUCUACUUCAGUUUAAUUCUGUUGUCCAUCAUCUUGAUUAUAUUCUGAAUCAUGCAAGAAAUGUUAUAUUUUGUUUAUAUUUUGUCCUCUCUAAGCAGAGUGGAAUUGUUCCCAUUUGAAUGUAACUUGAGGAUUUUGUUGUAAUUCAUUAUUCUUUAUAGUAAAAAGAAAUAAAAAUAAUUGGA